AUGAAAGUAACGCCUCUUCUCAUCCACGGAGAAGAUACGCUUCUUUCUCCCCCCGACAGACUCGACUCAUGUUCCGCUUCCACGACGCCCUUCCAAGGCGUCACUCCUGAUUUAGCUCUCCAAGCUGUCAAAUCCUCCGAACAGGCGUUCCCGUCCUGGUCCAAAACACCUCCUGCUCAACGCCGCCAUCUGCUCAACAAAGUCGCCUCUUUGGUUGAGGAACGAUCAGAUGAACUCACCCAAUGCAUGCAAGAGGAGAUGCAUGCGCCGACGCUCUGGGCCAAGCUCAACGUCCAGGCGGGUAUCGACCUGCUGAGAGAAACGGCCGGCUUGAUUUCGGAUUCUAUGGCCGGCCAUGUCCCUGUCUCGCAGGGUGAUUCGUAUGCGAUGGUGCUCAAGGAACCCUUGGGAGUUGUCUUGGCGAUGGUUCCAUGGAAUGCUCCUGUGAUAUUGGGGCUAAGGGGUGUUGUGGCGCCUUUGGCGGCGGGAAAUACAGUUGUUCUGAAGGGCUCCGAACUCAGCCCCCGAACCCACUAUCUUCUAGCUUGUCUAUUCCGCGACGCUGGCGUCCCCCCUGGUGUCGUAAACUUCAUCCUCCACCGUCCAGAAGACGCAGCUGUGACCUUCGAAACUAUGAUCGGUCAUCCGGCCAUUCGCAAAUGCAACUUCACUGGCUCCACGAACGUGGGCCGGAUCAUCGCCUCCAAGGCCGCGUGGGCACUGAAGCCCGUGCUGCUUGAGCUUGGAGGGAAGAACUUUGCGCUGGUGUUGAACGACGCAGAUAGUGAAUUCGCAGCGGGGGAGAUUGUAAAAGGUGCGUUUUUGAAUAACGGCCAAAUCUGCAUGUCCACGGACCUGGUCUUCGCUGUCGGUGAUAUCGCGGACACCCUGGUCCCAGGGAUCCUGUCACACUUGGAAACCAUCAAGGACACGCACACUGUCAUUUCGCCCGCUAGCAAGCAGCGUCUGCAGCUUCUUGUCGACGACGCUCGCGCAAAGGGCGCAUCCAUCCAUCAAGCCAAGGUACCUGCGUUGCAGGACGCCCAGUUCCCAGCGACUGUCAUCGAAGGCCUUACUCCGGACAUGGAAUUCUUCUCGAAUGAGUCCUUUGGACCAGUUGUUGGCAUCGUGCGAGUCCAGACGGAGACGGAGGCGAUGGAUCUGAUUCAGCGGUCUACGUAUGGGUUGUCGGCGGCGAUAUUUACCAGGGCGCAUUUCAAGGCCCUGAAGCUGGCUGAGUCGGUUCGUGCAGGCGCGAUUCACGUUAAUGGGAUGACGGUGCAUGAUGAAGCGACUUUGCCGCAUGGAGGACAGGGCGAGAGUGGAUGGGGGAGGUUUGGAGCGAAGUGGGGCAUUGAGGAGUUUUUGCAGACGAAGACGAUUAUUUUGAAUCCUUAG